AAACAAAUUCAAAUAGACGAAGUCGUUACUGAGAUCGACAACGCUGUCCUGUUGGGGAAACCGAGCAUUCGCUGGAAGAGAGAUUCUGACUUCGGUCGACAAAAAAACGUUGUCAGAUAUUCUGAUUGCUCAGUGAUUUGUGAUAAAUAAAUUGGAGAAAACAAACAAUUGACGAUGGCGUUGAGGAAUAGGACGGCGUUUACGAACACUGUGAACCAAGAGAACACAAAGAACGUUAAAUCUGCGAUAAAUGCAGUCUCGGGACAAACGAGGCGUGCCGCCCUCGGAGAAAUUGGUAACAGAGUUAACACUGUUCGUGGUACAUCGAAUCUGCUGCCUAAGGCACAGAAGAAGCCAGUGGUCAAGCAAGGGCCAAGUAUGAAAAAUGAUAAACUAGUUGAGAAACCACCAGCACAAGUUGUCAAGCCAGUGCUUAAAAAAGAGAUUGAAACGCCAAUUGAGGUGAAACAGCUCGAGCAAAAAUUAUCAUUGCACGAUGAAAUACCCAAGAUGAAAAUUGAUGCAUUCUCAGCUGAUCUCUUGCACAUCGAGGACAUUGACGAGGCAGACAAGGGAAAUCCAAUUCUAGUCACUGCCUAUAGUAAUGAUAUUUAUAAGUAUUUGAUGGAACUCGAGAGGAAUUUCCCGGUACAGGCGGGAUAUUUGGCUGGGCAAGAGGUCACACCGAAAAUGCGAAGUGUUCUUAUUGAUUGGCUCGUUGAGGUACAUCAGCAAUUCCAUUUACUUCAGGAAACGCUAUAUCUCACUGUUGCUGUGAUCGACAGAUUUUUACAAUCUUUCAAGUCAAUCAAUCGAAGACGGCUCCAGCUCGUGGGAGUAGCUGCAAUGUUUAUAUCGUGCAAAUACGAAGAAAUGUUCGCCCCUGACAUCGCUGACUUUGUAUACAUUACGGAUAAUGCCUACACAAAGACUGAAAUAUUACAAAUGGAAAUGUUGAUUGUCAAAACACUGGAUUAUUCCUUUGGACGACCACUACCUCUGCAUUUUUUGAGACGAUACAGCAAAGCUGGACGUGCCCUUCCAGUCCACCAUACAAUGGCCAAGUACUUCUUAGAGCAAAGCCUGGUGCAUUACGAGAUGUGCCAUUAUCCGCCAAGUCUCAUUGCAGCAGCUGCGCUGUAUCUUGCUUUCUUUGUCAUUGGAAAUGACGAUGAGAGUGACAAAGUCAUCUGGAGCAGUACUUUGGCCUACUACAGUACGUACACAAAGGAGAAUGUAUUGCCAGUUGUUCGUUCAGUUGCAACGAUCAUAGUUAAUGCAGAUAAAAGCAAAUAUCAGGCUGUGAGGAAGAAGUACUUCAGCAAUAAGCACAUGAAAAUCAGUCUACGUCCAGAGCUCAAAUCCCCCAACCUCCAACUCCUCGCUUAUUCUCAAUGAGCUUGGAGUGACUUCAAAUGUCUGUAAUAUAGGGGAAAUUUGCUUUUCAACUUGAAAAUGAUAAAACAUUUUAUCUAGGCUAUUGAGGUUGGAAGUAUUCUGUUUGUUCAAUGUCUAUCGCUAGCCUUCGCCGACUAGCAACUCUUUAUUCCGAGACCAGAGCUAUGAAAGGCUGUUUGAUAAAUUAAAAAGAUCUUUUUUUUUAUAUGAACGACAUUUGACAAACAAUUUGCUAGUGAAACUUUUCUUGUUCUAUUGGAUGCUAUUUUUCAUACGAUAAAGAUUACUUAAGGAUAAGAAUGCAGACAAUCUGUUGAUUCGAAAAAUUGUAGAAAGACAUUUUCGACAGUCAAAUGAUUUUUUAUUAUUGUCAUUUUAGUGCCUCGGCAAAUUCAAGUAUAUAGCAUCCAUUUUUUAGAGAUAUACAUUAUAUUUUAAUGAUCCCCUAUUUCAGAAUACAUAUAACACUAUACACUGCCACUGUUUUUUUUUUAUAGGACUUAGUGUCAAUACUUGUCUGUUUUCGUCUUUGAUACACGAUAUUCAACCCAGAACUGACAUUACGGUGAACAAUUCUUUCUUGUCGAUGACUCUAAACACUGCAGAUGCAUUAAAGUGCCUCUCUAAUAUUUUUGUAUCCAACUUUUGACACUUCAAUUAGUAACUCCACCGGUGUAAGAUAAUUACUCGGCUAUUGAAUUAAAUCAGACGCGAAUACUGCAUGAUCAUUUUAUAAUAUAUCUCUUAUAUUUAAGCGUUUUAUUGAUUGAAUAAUUAUAGGCAUAAGAAACUAAUAAAAUUGGCACGAUGUCUGAGAUACCAGCAAGGAAAUGCAUUUGUAAAUACAAUCACACUUUUGUAAACUGCA